AUGAGUGAAAGUGUUGAACAAAUAUUCGAUGAUUUUAUAUCGGACUUCUAUAAUAAGAAUGAAAAUAGUAGAGAUGGUGAUACUAGUGAAAAAAAGAACGCAAAUUUAAUAAAAAAUAGUGAAAACAAACUAAUUGAUGAUAAUAUAUUAUUAAAUACUCUGGGGGAAAAGAAUUUUUUUAAAUAUACCGAAUAUUCGUUAAGUAGCUUAUACAUAUCUGAUGAAAAUAUACCUAUUGAUGAAGAUGCAAAUUUUCAAAAAUUAAUAAAUAUUAUUACGAAAGCAUCAGAUGUUAACAAUAAAUUUAAAUGGGUGGAUUAUUAUUUUAAAUUUGAUUUAAAAGAAGAAUCGAAUAUAUUAUCACCACGGUCACAAAAUAAAGAUUUUCUCUUUAGAGAAUAUUUAGAACCAAAUCAUUUAAAAAACAUAUCAUUAUUAAGAAAAUAUGAACAAGGUGCCAUCUUAAAAUCAUCUGAAAAAAAUAAAGUAGACAUUAAAAUUGUUUCGGAAUACAUCGUUCAUAGUAGUUAUAAAAAGGUAAUUACAUCGUUUGAUUACAAUUUGAGUCAUAAAAUUUUCGCACAAGCUCAUAUAUUUCAUAAUAAAUAUGGAAAUAGUAAUCACAUCGUUAUCUUGGUUUUAAGGCAUUACAAGGAUGCAAAUUUUUUAAUUCCUUUAUAUCAAGAUAGAGUUCUUGUUCAAGUGAAAUCCUAUUCUAAUGAUAAUAAAUAUUCAGAAAUAACUCAAAAAAAUCUUUUACAAUACGCAGAAAUUUUUAAGCCUUUUAUUUCUCUCAGAAAGGUUGACUACAACUUUGUGGAGCAAAUCAAAGAGAAAAUAACCUUUGCAUUUUAA